AAAAUCAAAACAAAGUCCAAGCAGGUCACGUGACUGCAGUAGCCAGUGUACACGUGCACGCGCAUUUGUCACGUCUCUCGGAUAAAGCCCAUUAAAUCAGAAGAAAAGAAAGGAAAAACAGCGGCGCAGUUUAACGUGAAGGUUACACCACGUCCAGAUGAGGAAGAAAGAACACCCAGGAAGUGCUGACAUAAACAACUGAGAAAACUUCAGCUUCUCAUUCACGGUGUCUUCCUCCAGCAGUAAUGAAGCCCGCUGUGUUUCUCCUGCUGAGCCUCGGAGGAGCCCUGAGCCUCAAAAUAUGCUCCUUCAACAUCAGAUCUUUUGGAGAAAGCAAAAUCUCGAAACAUGAUGUGCUGCACGUGAUACUGGAGAGUAUCAGCCGCUGUGACGUCAUGCUCGUCAUGGAAAUCAAAGAUGCUAAGGGUCAAGCGUUUCCUCGGCUGAUGGCUCAUCUCAACAGGAAGUACAGCGGACAGAAGCACGAAUACGGCUACGUCAUCAGUCAGAGGCUGGGCCGAAAAUCAUACAAGGAACAGUAUGCCUUUGUCUACAGGCGGAAGCUGGUGUCUGUGAAGUCGGUUUAUCAGUAUCCAGACAUGCAGCCUGAAGACAUUGAUGCCUUCGCCAGAGAACCUUAUGUUGUGUGGUUUUCGUCACCAACUACAGAAGUCAAGGAUUUUGUCGUCAUACCCAUUCACACACCGCCAGAAGCAGCAGUUAAAGAAAUAGACGAACUCUACGAUGUCUACCAGAACGUCUCUCAACACUGGAAAUCACAGAAUUUCAUCAUCAUGGGCGACUUCAACGCCGCCUGUGGCUACGUCCCCAAGAAGGAAUGGCAAAACAUUCGCCUGCGAUCGGACAGCAGCUUCGUCUGGCUAACGGAUGACAAGCUGGACACUUCAGUGAAAGAGUCCACCAAAUGCGCUUAUGACAGGGUCGUUCUUCACGGAAAGGCGAUGAUCCAGGCCGUCAAAGCCGAGUCAGUCGAAGUGUACGACUUCAAACGGGCGUUUGGAUUCACUGAACAAGAGGCUUUGGCUGUGAGCGACCAUUUCCCUCUGUGCAUUACUGUCAACAAAGCUCAAAAAAAGGGUUGAUUUUGACAAGUUUGAUUUCUAAUUAUAAUUAGAACAUGAUUAGGAUUUAAUAAUUAUAUUAAUAAUGAUUUUUUAAAAACAAUCCUCUCUAUAAAUCAGGUGCAGUGUGAACAUUUAGGCCACAUGUUUAACCUGUUUGUUUAUAUUUCAUGAUUAUUAAAGUGAAACAAUACUAACUAGACUUUUCUUCUUUUUUCCCCC